UGGGAUUUUUUGAGAGGCGUUGCCGAGAAGCCCGAGAACUCAAGAUUAUAUACGCAGCAGUCAGAAGCGGCUUAAUACAUUGCGCAUUUCGUCGCUGCGUGCACUACUACGACUGUCAAAGCGUAACAAAAUUUUGCAAUUAAAAAUUCAGCCAUGGCCAACUACAUUCACGUACCCGACGAGGCUCCCGCUGUGCCCAAAAUAGACGUGACCGUUGACGAGAACGAUUACAGAGCCGAUGCGUUGAAGCUAAUCAAGGAGCUGAGACCCAACUGGAAGCCGUCAGAGGUCAAAAUUAAGUUUUUCACAGAUGGAAUAACCAAUAAGCUACUGGGCUGCUAUGUGGGAACAGUCAUGCAGGAUGUGGUUCUGGUCCGUAUUUAUGGCAACAAGACGGAGCUGUUGGUCGAUCGGGAAAACGAGGUGAAGAGUUUCAGGGUACUGCAUGAACACCGAUGUGCCCCACGCCUUUACUGCACCUUCAACAACGGCCUGUGCUACGAGUUUCUGCAAGGAACUGCACUGGAACCCAAACACAUUCGCAGUCCACCAGUUUUCAGGCUCAUUGCCAGGCAACUGGCUAAAUACCAUGCGAUCCAUGCCCAUAAUGGCUGGGUGCCCAAGUCAGACCUGUGGCUGAAGAUGGGCAAGUACUUUGCUCUCAUCCCCAAGUACUUUGAGGACCCUGAUCAGAACAAUAGGUUAGGCACGGAGGUGCCCAGCCCACAGUGCCUCCGUGAAGAGCUGGUGUGGCUCCAGCAGAGCUUGUCUGUGCUGGGUUCCCCCGUAGUCCUCUGCCACAAUGACCUGCUAUGCAAAAAUAUCAUCUUCAACGAGGCAGCGGGAAGUGUAAAGUUCAUUGACUACGAAUAUGCAGGGUACAAUUACCAAGCCUACGACAUUGGGAACCAUUUCAAUGAGUUUGCUGGUCUGAGUGAGGUGGAUUAUAGUUACUACCCAGAGCGGGGCUUUCAGCUGCAGUGGCUGCGCUCCUACCUGGAGGCCUACAAGGAGCACAAAGGCCAGGGCAGCGAUGUGACUGACAGGGAGGUGGAAAUUCUGUAUGUCCAAGUCAACCAGUUUGCCCUGGCAUCUCAUUUCUUUUGGGGACUCUGGGCUCUGAUUCAGGCCAAGUUCUCCACCAUUGACUUUGACUUCUUGGGAUACGCAGUGCUGCGCUUCAACCAGUACUUUAAGAUGAAACUGGAGGUGGCUGCGCUGAGCUUACCGAAAUAAAAGUCCCACCCACCCCCCAUUCUUUUCCUCCUGCUAUUCCUCCCCCUCCAGCCGGCCCUGCGCCUCACUGCAGGGCACCGUCUAGGGGAUAAUGUAGAGAAGAGUCAGGCUGAGAGUCUGUCCUGUUCAGUGCCUAGAGGUCUCCUCUAAUGUCCUUAACUCUAAAUAGACUAAAUGGAUCACAAUCAUCUACAGUCACACCAUUGUUAACCAGGAAGUAGCUCAAAUUUAUUGUGUAGGUGUGUGGUGAAACCUGAUAUAAUGUGAAACCUACUCAUCUAAAUUUAUUGCUGUAUUGAUAAUUCUAGUAUCAACAGGAUAUUAACAUGAUAUCAAUUUAUUGUAUUUUAAGUGAGCAGUGGUGAAAGACUUUAUUCACUGCGACAUAGACUGUAAGCCAUUCUGCACUAGGUAAGACCAAACCCCUCUAUUGUUUGCUCCAUAACAAGGAAAGUUUAGCAAUCAUCUUAAAUAGUAUAGAACACUGACGUUCAGUCCUGAUUAGCCCAGGGCUGCGUGUUUUUUUUAUUUAUUUAUGAUUUGGUUUUCAUUCAGAAAUGUGUUGCACGGCCUCGCUGACUGUCAGACAUAUGAGGCUUUGUGGAAAUUCACAUUCAGCACCAAAUGUUGAUAUGAGCGACUGUAGAAAAAGUGAAGUGGGUCAAGUUACACACAUCUGGUUCUACACAAAAAAAAGUCUAAUCAGGGUCAGCUGUCAGUGGGACCUGAGGAACAACACUGCCAUCUGUUGGUAGCAAUCAGUGGCUGCUGGUCAUAACUUUUCUUGAUAUUCACAUUGGACCUUGGAGUAAGUUAGUCGUUUCCAAAAGAGCUUUAGGAAGCCCGUGUACGAACUAAAACAGGUUGGUCUGCAGCAAGCCUACACCAAAGUGCUGACAUCUGUUUUCUGCCUGUACAUAACGCACCAUUGUCAAUGUAGCACAAAGAGAAUUAACAUUUAAAUAGACUUAAACUUGUCAGUUACUAUACAUAUCUGAAGGUUCAGGCUGACCUUCAGGAGUAUACGGAUGCCUCCUCCUGCAGCAGCAAGACUUGUGGGAGAAAUUAGCAUAUUCUGCAAAGAAUGUGAAAGUAAUAAUUUUGUUUCCUGGGAAAUUUAAACAGGAAUGUUACAAAAAUGUGUUUGUGAAACGAGUUUUGUUUACUCCAACACAAAUUGAAGUACAAUGGUACUCUUUCACCAAUAAGUGAAGAAUGUGUUUCCUACAUUCCCUCCUGGGAAAACAUAAAAUGUUGGUUUCAUAUUCCCACCGUCCCAGUCUGAUUGUUCCCAUUAAGCACAGAGUGAAGCCUCACCAGUGCUCAGAAAAGCACAAGUCUGCAAGGAAAGGAGUUCAUAGUAGGUGUAUAUAUCACAUAUAACUUAGAUUACAAAUAUUUGGUCACAUUUCUGAAAAUAUAUCUUUUGGAGGACAGGCCUGUCAGAGUUGCGUGAGCUGAGUUUACAGUUCAGUGCCAGAAGUGUCAGGACACUGCGUGGUUGCUGAGGGGGAAGAGUGUUGGCGAACCACUUCAAACGCCCAUAAUGUUUUUUGUUUUUUUUAAUAACAAAUAAAUUCUAAAUCAGUGAUGAAAGCUUAUGCCAUAUAAAUCCUUAUAGAUUUAUAGAACUGACAUACAGUAGGCUUUAAUUUGCACAAAUAUGUCAGCACUCAAACAUGCCCAACCUUGUAACAGAUGGGCACAGAUAAAGUUCUUAACUUGGAAGACGUCCCCAACACGAUAAUAUGAGAAUCUUAAUAUAAAUUGUGCAAGUGAGCAACUUCUGUGAUCCAUUGGUGAAUGAGGCCCAUUGUUUGGUCAGGUGCCCCCUGAUGUAAGACAUUUGGAAAGCUCUGUGGAGGGACUGGACAGUCCACUCAUGUAACACUCCUACACAGUACUAACCAAGGAGUCUCUGUUUGUUUUUUUGUUUGUUUUUUUUUAAUGUGAACAGUUUUUGUAAACCUGUACCUGAUGGAGAAACGGUUCUGUUACCGGUCGAGGUGUGUCGGACGAACGUCUUACGGGUCUGUGGAACAUUCAUUUCUGUGGGAUGUUUAGUAAACAAAUGUGACAAUGUCUUUGCUUUCUCGUAAAUGUGAAUGAAUGCACAUAGUUGUUAUUGAUUUAUUUUCCUGUUUUCUAAAACGUUGCAUUAAUACAUACCGGGGAUAAGAGGUGGAAGUAAAAAAACUGCAUUUUUAUUACUGUAAACAUGCUUUAAAACAAUAAAGUGUAUUUACCCUAA